GAGAGAGAGAGGGAGAGAGACUGGCUGUGCGCGCACACUGAAGGAAGCGCUUGUUUUUUUGAGGAGGGAUAUUCCACGUGCCAAAAGCCGUCCCAAACUGUGUGCGCAGUAGCAUGAGUCCAGCAGCAGACCUGGAUUAAUCUGGACUUGCAGCCUGCUUUGCAGAGCGCAAGUUCGCUGUCACUUUUUUUUUUUUUUUUCCGCUCACGGAACGCAACGAUGGAGAGAAGCAUCCCGGGAUGGUGCCUGCUGUUCGCGCUCGUCCUGCACGGCUCGCGCAGCUGGGCUGCCAAGGAGCUCCAGUGCCAGGAGAUCUCCGUGCCUCUGUGCAAAGGCAUCGGCUACAACUACACCUACAUGCCCAACCAGUUCAACCACGACACGCAGGACGAGGCCGGCCUGGAGGUGCACCAGUUCUGGCCGCUGGUGGAGAUCAAGUGCUCCACGGACCUGCGCUUCUUCCUCUGCAGCAUGUACACGCCGAUCUGCCUGGAGGACUACAAGAAGCCGCUGCCGCCGUGCAGGAGCGUGUGCGAGCGGGCCAAAGCCGGCUGCGCGCCGCUCAUGAGGCAGUACGGCUUCCCGUGGCCGGACCGGAUGAGGUGCGACCUGCUGCCCGAGCAGGGCAACCAGGACACGCUGUGCAUGGACUACAACCGGAGCCAGACCACCACCGUGUCCCCCGUGGUGGCCAAGCCCACCAACCGGCCGCUGAAGCCGUACAACCCCAAGAAGAAGAGCGGCUACGGCCGCGGCAUCCCCGGGAAGCACAAACCGGCGGCGUCCCAGUGCGAGCCGGGCUGCUUCUGCAGGGGCCCCAUGGUGCCGGUGACCAGCGACGGACACCCGCUGCACAACCGCGUCAAAACCGGGCAGAUCUUGAACUGUGCCAUACCGUGCCACAAUCCUUACUUUACGCAGGAGGAGAGGACUUUCACCGCCUUCUGGAUCGGCCUGUGGUCCGUCCUGUGCUUCAUCUCCACUUUCGCGACCGUGGCGACUUUCCUGAUCGACAUGGAGCGGUUCAAGUACCCGGAGCGCCCCAUCAUCUUCCUCUCCGCCUGCUACAUGUUCGUGUCGGUUGGAUAUAUCGUCAGGCUGAUCGCGGGACAUGAGGAGGUGGCCUGCAGCAGGGAGCACGGCGCGGAGCACAUCCACUACGAGACCACGGGUCCCGCGCUGUGCACCAUCGUGUUCCUGCUCAUCUACUUCUUCGGCAUGGCCAGCUCCAUUUGGUGGGUGAUCCUGUCCCUCACCUGGUUCCUCGCGGCGGGCAUGAAGUGGGGAAACGAGGCCAUCGCCAGUUACGCACAGUACUUUCAUUUGGCCGCCUGGCUCAUCCCCAGCAUGAAGUCCAUCGCGGUUUUGGCUCUGAGCUCCGUGGACGGGGACUCCGUGGCUGGGAUCUGUUACGUCGGCAACCAGAACUUGGAUAACCUGCGGGGCUUCGUGCUGGCGCCGCUGGUCAUCUACCUGUUCAUCGGGACCAUGUUUCUGCUGGCCGGGUUCGUGUCGCUGUUCCGGAUCAGGAGCGUCAUCAAGCAAGGUGGCACCAAAACUGACAAACUGGAGAGGCUGAUGAUCCGGAUCGGAGUUUUCACAGUUUUAUACACCGUCCCGGCCACUGUCAUAGUGGCGUGCUACUUUUACGAGCAGCACAACAGACAGACGUGGGAAAUUACGCACAACUGUUCGUGCAUGACGGACCCAAACAGGCAGAGGCCGGACUAUGCUGUGUUCAUGCUGAAGUAUUUCAUGUGCCUCUUGGUGGGGAUCACGUCCGGGGCCUGGAUCUGGUCCGGGAAAACCCUGGACUCCUGGAGGACUUUUUGCACGCGGUGCUGCUGGGGGAGCAAAGCCUCCGCAGGGUCCAUGUACAGCGACGUGAGCACGGGACUGACCUGGAGGUCCGGGACGGCCAGUUCUGUCUCCUGCCCCAAACAGAUGCCACUGUCCCGGGUCUGAUCACUCUAAAUGUCAUUUGACACUAAAAGACUAAUGACAUCAGCCUUGUUUUGAAGAUCACAUGGCGUGCAGAUUCAUAUAAAUGUGUUUUUAUUUGGUAAAUUAUUUCAAGAAAGGCAACAGACUGCCAGUUUAAAAUGAAACUUCCUCCCAACAGCACCCCCGAUGCGAACGAUUUGUUAAAUUUGUGCUCAUUUAUUAUUCUUAUAAAAGUUUUAAGAGCAGUUUGAAAGUAACUUCUCACAGAAAGUGCUCCUUUCUUUGCCUUAUCCAAAUGACGUGUGUUUGAAUGGAGGGGGGAGGUUGCCAGCCAAGGGGAGGGGGUGACUAAUUGUGUUGGGAUUGUCCGUCAGCGUGUUGUAAUUAGCACAUUAAUGAGCGCCUAAUGGCUUCUCUUUAAAUAAUGAGGCCGUCAGCAGCAGAACAAUGUACCUGGCACCAAGAACGCAGAGCCUUAUCUGCGCUUAAUUGAAUGCGUACAGCUGACAAGAUCCCUCUUGUCGAUAGGUUACAUGGUAUAGCUGAGGCUCUCCCUCUAUUUUUUACUGUAAAGAACCGCUGUGUCUUAAACACAAGAUUUCACAAUGAGACCGUUCUGCUGAAAAACGAGGCCAUCGCCGGGCUGUUUUGUCUCCAAGGUGGAUUUAUAAGUACAUUCAUCAAUGCCUUAAUUCUGUCUCAUACGGGUCGCAUCAGCGCGUAAAGUGUAUUUAUAUAAUUAUUGGUGUACAUAUAUUGUAUAUUUGUAUAUUGAAUUUUACAAGACUGUAAAUAUGUAUAAUUUUCACUUUGAUAGAAGAUUUUAUUUUGAGAAUAAAACAAUUUUUAUUGAAUG